GUGUAAAACACAACAGUCUGGCCAAGGCUCAGAGCAGCGAGGGGCGCUUUAUUGUGGUGCUGCACCAAAACAGUUUCUUUAAGUGUUUUUCUGAGUAUGAUGGAGGCUAAAGGGGUUUGCUUGAUGUUUUGCCUUCUGCUGCUGGCGCACUGCACACUCCAGCAGACCCCUUCAAAGAGAAAAAAUGGCAAGAAAGACUCUGCAAACACUGCUGCGAUCGAGGAGCUGAAGAAACAGAUCAAUGACAUUGUCCAGGAGCUGAAUUUGUUGAAGGAGCAGCAGGCUUUACAAACAGUUUGUCUGAAAGGCACAAAGAUCCUCGGCAAGUGUUUCCUGGCUGAUCCAGUGAAGAAGACUUUCCAUGCGGCCAGCGAUGACUGCAUUGCUAAAGGAGGCAGCCUGAGCACUCCUCUGACAGGAGACGAGAACGACCAGCUCUACAGCUACGUCCGCCAGAGCAUCGGCCCCGAGGAGCACAUCUGGCUGGGCAUCAACGACAUGGUGACUGACGGCCAGUGGGUGGACCAAUCAGGGUCCAACGUACGCUUCAAGAACUGGGAGACGGAGAUCACCCUGCAGCCAGAUGGAGGGCGCAGCCAGAACUGUGCCAUCCUCUCCACCACAGCCAACGGGAAGUGGUUCGACGAGAGCUGCAGAGCUGAGAAGGCCUCGGUGUGUGAGUUCAACAUCGUCUGAGAGUUGCUUUCCGACACCAACAUGACUCUGUGCAGAUAAACACUCGUGUGAACAGUAAGUGCUGUUGCAUUUGAAAGCUAUGAAGUACAAUUAUGCAAUACAUUGAAAAAAUCAUCUUUCUCAUGCUCACAUAUUCUUGACCAAGCCAUUCAGAUGUCAGUAGACUUCACACAGUGGUCUGAGAUACACUAUGUCACUGUAUAAGCUAAACUCAUGCCACAUAAUAUUUUACAUGUAUUCAGUAAACUCAUGUUCUCAAAUAAUCAGAUUUUAAACAGAUAUUCAUCAAGGUAAACACCACUGGAUGGCUCACCUUUGUUUUAUGUAUUUUACCACAUCUGCUGCUAAAUGCCGCCACCUAAACGUCACCAUGGUUGCCUUUUCUAUGGAACUCUCUUUAUUUUCAUUUCUGAAUGUCAAAUUAUACUGUUUGUGCUGCAUUAUAUAAUGUUAAUAAACAUGUGUCUCCUCA